CUCUGAAAAUAAAAAAUAUCUCUUUAGUUUCAAUAUACCCGGCAUAGUUAGAGCGUCGUUGAAUUGAUUUCAACAGGAUUGAAAGUUAUAUCUUGCUCUUUAGAAGAAUAAUUUAUUACAAUUAAAAUCAAGUUUGUGAAACUUUCGUACAUCGGAUCUUUAUAUAGAAUAUAAAUAGAAUUCAGUUUAUUUAACAAUGAACCACUUAAGAAAAAUUCCUCUCCGCAUGAUUAAAAAUGCUUUUCAAAGACAGCAAUAUGCCCCAUUUUCUGCUGCUAGUUUGGAAGCUGUAAAAAUGCCAGCUUUGACAUUUCUUACAGAUGAUGAAAAAAUGAUGAAAGACACAGUUUCUAGGUUAGCACAAGAAGUUGUUUCACCUCAUGUUAAAAAAAUGGAUGAAAAUCAUUUGUUUGAAAAAGAAAUCGUUGAUGCUAUGUUUCAGAACGGAUUAAUGGGUAUAGAAAUUCCCACAGAUUUAGGUGGAAGUGGUUGCAAUUUCAUGACAACUAUGCUAGUUGUUGAAGAAUUGUCAAAAGUUUGUGGUGCUGUUGGAGCUUUGGUAGAUAUUCACAACACAUUGGUUUGUUCACUCGUCAUGAAAGUUGCUAACAAAGAACAAAAAGAGAAAUAUUUACCAAGAUUAGCGCAAACAGAUAUUGGUAGUUUCGCUUUAUCAGAACCAACUUCUGGAUCUGACGCAUUUUCUUUAAAAACAACUGCUAAGAAAGACGGAAAUCAUUAUAUUCUUAACGGUACUAAAAUGUGGAUUUCAAAUUCAGACGUAGCGGGAAUAUUUUUAAUCAUGGCAAAUGCCAAACCUGACGCUGGUUACAAAGGAAUUACAACGUUUAUUGUUGAACGAGACACUCCAGGCUUUUCCGUAGGUAAAAAAGAAUCAAAAUUGGGAAUAUGUGCUUCUGGCACAUGCACUUUACAUUUAGAUAAUGUAAGAGUACCAGAAGAAAACUUAUUGGGUGAAUUUGGAAAAGGUUAUCAAUAUGCUGCAGGUUUCCUAAAUGAGGGACGUAUAGGUAUCGCUUCGCAAAUGCUUGGUAUAGCACAAGGCUGUUUUGAUGCAACUAUACCUUAUUUGCUGGAAAGAAAACAAUUUGGUCAAGAUAUUUAUUCUUUCCAAUCAAUGCAACAUCAAAUAUCUACAAUCGCGACAGAGAUAGAAGCUGCGCGUUUAUUAACAUAUAAUGCUGCACGAUUACAAGAAAAUGGAAAACCAUUUGUAAAAGAAGCAGCUAUGGCCAAAUACUACGCUUCUGAAGUAGCACAAAGGGCAACAAUAAAAUGUAUUGACUGGAUGGGUGGUGUUGGAUUUACAAAAGAUUUUCCGCAAGAGAAAUUUUACAGAGAUUGCAAAAUUGGAGCUAUUUAUGAGGGAACAACAAACAUGCAAUUAAGUACAAUUGCCAAAUUUAUUCGUAAAGAAUAUUCUUCAUAAUUAAAGUCCAAACAUAUACAACUAUCACUACCCUUCGUACAUGAUUGAAGUAUAAAAUAUCAAAAGAUGAUCUAAGGAUUUAACGUUUAAAUACAUAUUCUGCACGUCCAUGCAUAUAUGUACAUACAUAUAAUUACACAUUAUACAUGUUAUUUUAUAUUUAUAAUAAUAUGUAAUUAUAAGAAUAUAGAUAUGUAUUGUUUGAGAAAUCCUUUUACUGUGUACAUAUGUAGGAAUACUUUUAAAACAUUUAAUAUGCAUAGAAUUUUUUAAUUUCGCGGUAAUCGCAAUAAAAUGAUCUUAGAAAUCGCAUUUAUAUCAAAAAUAUUGUUAAUUUUUGAAAACUCUGUAUAAAACUUUUUA